AUGGUUUCAGAAGAAGCUAAAAAGAAACUAUAUGAUGCUGCAACAACGAAUGAUGUAGCAACUUUCCAAAUACUUGUGCAACAAGAUCCAUUUCUUGUUGAUCAUGUUUCAUUUCCACGUUCAAAAAGUCUCUUACAUUUUGCAGCUGAAAGUGGGCACGUUGAGAUUGCCAGAAUAUUGUUAUCUGUAGCCCCUGAGAUGCGCUGGUGGCAAGAUGAUCAAGGCAUGAACCCGGUUCAUAUUGCAGCCAUGAGAGGGAAGGUCGAGAUCUUGGAGAUGUUGCUUCAGCUGGACUUGUAUCCUGCUAUGGAGAGACUGAAUCGAGGCCAGACUGUGAUGCACUUGCGCGUGAAACAUUGCCAGCUUGAGACGUUGAAGUGUUUGGCUGAGAAAAUGCGCGAUCUUGUGAAUGUGAAGGAUGAUGAUGGAGAGACACUCUUGCAUUUGGCUGUUAGGUGCGAUCAAUUGGAGAUUGUAAAAUAUUUGGUGGAUGACUAUAAAGUAGAGAAUCUAAUGGAGAACUCCAUGGGCAAAACACCGCUGGAUAUCUUGAGUGGGAACUCACAACACACAACUUGGCCUUCAGAAAUUGAAAUGUUAUUAGAUAAGGCAUAUGACCGAAUUCCCAGCAUGUCUCGCGAGUUAACCGACAUAACAAUGGUGGUGGUGGGCCUGAUAGCCGCGAUGGCAUUCAGUGCGGCCGUAAACCCCCCGGGUGGCGUGUGGCAGGACGACACGCCAUCACACAGCAGUGAUGGCAUCUUCACAUCCCAAACUAUACAAACACUUCUCUCGUGCUAA